UGAGACUUAACACUUACAGACUAAGGAUACAGUAGUAAAGCUGCGAUCGAGAACACGGCUCCCUUGCGUUUUAUCAUUUUGUUGCGCACAUUUCCAGGCACCGACUACCAUCUGAGCUACCGUGGCGUGCCUUUAGCCCGGGACUUCAUACAACAGGGCGUCGUGAGGAGAGCAGCAGCACAAGGCUUUGAAGUUGAUGAGGCGCGUCUAGCACGGUUUAAGCAACGACCGCCUGUGGACUUCGCCGCUUGAAAUUGCCACUGGCGCUUAUCGGCCAAACCUGUGCCGAAAUGGAGAAAGAUAAUAUUGAGCUGAGUUCCGCAAUGUCGGACGGCGAGCAACCACGCAAGCUUGCUGUCCUUGGGCUGCCCUGGGAGACAACGGAGGAGACUUUAAAGGUGUACUUUUCUCAAUUCGGGGCACUAGAAGGCGCAGAGGUGAUGAAAGACCGGUACACCGGCAAGAGUCGCGGCUUUGGCUUCGUCACCUUUCUUGACGCGAACUCUGCAACUCGCGCCCUGACUGUGGAGCACACAAUUGAUGGACGCCGCUGUGAAGCAAAGAUUGCCCUGCCGAAGGGAGAGCCAACACCGCCGCGCACAACCCGCAUCUUUGUGGCGCGCAUCCCACCAUCUGUAACGGAAGCGCAAUUCCGGCAAUACUUUGAGGGGUUUGGCAAGCUGCAGGACGCCUACAUGCCAAAGGAUCACUCCAAGCAGGGCUAUCGCGGCAUCGGCUUCGUGACCUUUGCGUCACCUGACUCUGUAGAGAAGGUGAUGGCCGUCAAGCACUGGAUGAAUGGUCACGAAAUUGCCAUCGACCGUGCCACCCCCAAGGAGGAGCCAACGGCGCUUAAAAACAUCUUUGCCCGGCUGCCCAUGGGGCCCGGCCAGCGACGAUCCUUCGAUAACGGCUCGGGCAUCAUCGGCCCCGGCCUGGGCAGCAUCGUGAGCAUGAACAGCAACCUGAUUGCUCCGGGCGCCAUGGACGCGGCCUUCAGCAACCUGCGGUCGCUGUCUGAGGAGCGGGAGCUGGGCGGCAUGAUGGGUCGCAGCAGCAUGGAGAUGGCGAUGGAGCUCAACCCCACCUCGCUCACCACCAGCGCCUCCAUCAUGAACAACGCCAACGGCCUCAACCCAGCGCUCCGCGCCACCAGCCAAGCCCUGGGCCUCAACCUGGGCCUCGGCCUCAACGGCAAUCCGGCCUCCACCGCCACCGCUGCCGCCGCAGCCGCCGCCACCACCGCCGCGCUUCAGACGCUCGCCAAGACCGCCACCCUCAGUGAGAACGUCAACGGCGUGAACGCGCACAUGACGGCGCUCAGCAGCGGCGGGCUCAACGGCAUGCCGAUGGUGGGUCUGACGAGCAGCGACCUCACGGCCGCGACCAGCCUGCUGUCCAACGGGCUGGCGGCCAACAAGGCGCCUGCGGGGCUGGCGGGCAUCUCUGGGCAGACGAUGCUGCAGGAGCUCAACUCGCUGGGCGCUGCGGCGGCGGUGCAGCAGAUGAUGGCGGCGGCGACGGGUCGGCGCUCGCUGGACUCGACGUUGAAGCGGCUGGAGAACCCCGCCAUUGCGAAUGCCAGGGCCGGCCCGCGCAUCUUCAUCGGCAAGCUGACCAAGGACACGAGCGAGGCGGACGUGAAGGACUACUUCAUGCGAUUCGGCUACGUGAUGGACGUGUACCUGCCCAAGGCCAAGGACAACAAGACGGAGCACCGCGGAUUCGGCUUUGUGACGUUUGAGACGGACGCCGCCAUCCAGCGCGUUGUGAGCCACGGGCAGCACCGGCUCAAGGGCUCCACCAUUGCCAUCGACAUUGCCAUGCCCAAGGUGGAGGAUGCUGAGAUGAACCUGGAUGGCGGGCUGGAUUCCCCUGCCGGCACCAUCCCGGGUUUCGCCUCCCUGCCCAACAUGCUCGUCCAGCGCAUGUAGACGGGUGGCCAGCGGGCAGCGGGCCAUGCAUCAGAGAGAUACAUACUGGCCAACAUGACAGCGUUACUAAGACUGACCCAUGGGUCUGCUGCUCUGGACCAGGGCUCUCGACCCAGGGAUUGUGUAGCCUGAGUCGUCGGAAGUUACCGCGCGGCUUUUUGAGCGCGCCGCUGGACGUUCGGAUCCUGGAGAGUUGCGCUCAUGGAGUCCGCACAGGAGAGUUUCGCAAUGGUAAGGGAAUACCAAAUUUAAGCCUUUUGUUUUCCGCAUCUGCAGCUUGGCGGUUGUUUGGCAGCCGCGCUACAGUGCUUGGAUUGAGGACGGUUUGAGGUGGUUGCGGCGGCCUUUCGCGCCACCGCUGCAGUUGCGUAGUAUGCAUGACGAUAACAGCCCUCGACACGAUUGAGAUCGCGCGCGGGAAGCGGGUUAGUACAACAGAGUUUGGUGACCGCGCCGGGUCCUGCGCUCUGCGCCUUUCUGGAUCUGUCUGGGGUCCGUGGCUUUGACAGCCUUUUUCGGGGGCGGAGGAAUGCACGCAUUUAGCAGAUUGGCAUUGUUGCAAGAAAGUCGCACAACUCAAUACACACACUAGGCGCUCAUUGAAAGCGAGAAUGGUUGCGUUUGUGUGAGCGACAGUGAAUAGUACCUGCGGCUUUUAUUCUCUAGUUGCUUUUGAGGAGGGGCCUUACGAACAAUGAUAGAGGGGUCCUGUUGACGACCUUGAAGAGGAGAACCGUUCCGGGCUCCUGCGUUAUGCCGUCGCUAGUGCAUCCGGCGAAAGCUUUAAGACAGAGUCGGUUGAGGGCCGCUGAUAUUCAGGAGAAAAGAAAGAGGGGAGGGAGCGCAUGACGCGCGCAAAAGGGGAGAGGAUAGCUACGUCUACCGCGGCUGUGGCGUGUGUUUUGGGUGUGCGCGUGUUUUCCUAUUCAGUUCCGUGCCUUUAAGUUUUGAUUUGGCCUGCUGCAGGGCGCAUAAGCUCGGGCUGUAGCGUGAGCUCGGUCUGGGCUUGAGGGGCUCAGUGUGUGAGGAGGGGAGCCAGAGAGACCUGCUAGAGGCAUCGUGUGGUGCAAAAGGACAAAAUGGAGAGAGCAUUGGCUUGCGCUUUGGCAAUCACGGCUCUCGACUGUAUUUUGUCAAUCACAUGUGCAUGCUUUUGCUUCGGGGCGUGGCCUUAAGGUCUGCCGCUGCUUCUGAUGCUGCCGCGCUCCUGUUGUCUGUUGUGUUUUUUGUUCGCGAGUGGUGAGGGCAUGUCUGGGCGUGUUGGGACUCAUGGGAUUUUGUCGACUCGGGCAUACGCCCACGAUGGAGGAUGUCGGGUGGUGGUGUCGUGGGAGGCUAACGGGAGUAGGUUGAUGCUGACGGUGAGAUGAGCUGAAGAAGAUGACGCUAUUAAUGGAGUGCCUGCUUGAGGGCUGCAUUCGAGGUUUUGCUCUUUCCGCUUGCUUGUUGACGACGACCAACGACGACUGCCGUGGGAAUAGAGGAGACGUCGAGGAGUGGCUGCUGCUGCUGUGCCUUAAGCGCUUGUCAGAGCACUGGAGGAGAAGUAAGGAAAGUGUCGGAGGGAGGGAAGAUCAGGUGACGCAAGUGACACAAUCGGCGAGGGUACGUCGUGAGAUUACGUGAUGAUGACGCGGCAUCCAUGCGUAAUGACGAUGCACCUGCGUUAACUAAGCGACGGACUGUUGGGAGGAGGCCAUGACGCAUUUGUCUGACCUGCGUUGACUGACUGGGAGUGGCAGGUGCAUCCCUCCAGACUGAGGGGGGACAUUUGACCUAAUCUGCACGGGCACGAGUCUAUUGGCGUGUGGUGUAUGGAGGGACCGUGAAUGAUUGCGGUGUUGACAAUGGAACAAGGCCCAUGGUAUGGGAUAUGGUGUAUCUUUCGCCAUGGUUUAAGUUCAGAUGGCUCGUUUUGGAUUAUUAAGGUCGCGUUGUUCGUCGGCCUGAUGGAGAGAUUCAUGGCGGCGAGAUGGAAUGCUUUGUUGGGACAUGGGACUGAUGGGUGAAGACUCCACACAUAAUGAGGCCAUAAUACCAACUUGCGUGUUCUUAUCCUGGACAUAUCUCAUGCUAUGUGCUGGGAGGGAGGCGGUUGUAUGUGUGCUUUUGGCAGCCGAUGGCCCAUGCAUGCCAGUGUUUGUAUCGUAUGCUGGUAGUGGCUUUGGGGGCACGCGCACGCGCAUAUUGCAAGAGAGUGUCCAGCAGGAGCCGGAUGGUUGAAGCGUUGGAUUGGAUUCUGUUGCGAAAGCGGAUUGUGGGUAAUGCUUCGUCCGGUAAUGCCUUCAUGCCUCGUGUGGCGACGCUUACGAUGGUUUUUGGUGUCUGGAUGCCACUGCUAUCCAGCCGAGAGAGAUGUCGAGCGGAGUGGCUGAUUCCGACAGGCGAGGGAGUGCACGCUCUCGUAGUGGAGAGAGUUUAGGUUGCGGUUAACACAUACAAGUCUUGCGGGCUUAAAAGUGGCAAUUGUGACCAUUCCUCUGAGCCUCUUGUUGACGCCGCAGCCCGCUGUUGGGGCGUGGCUCCAAAGCCCUGCAAGCAGUUUUGCUCGUGGUGUGCGAGGAGAAAAAGCGUAUAUGGGAGGGGGGGGAUUGUUUUGUUGUUAGUGGGUGAUUUUUAUCGCAUGGUGGGUGGGCUUUGGUUUGUGGAUUAUAUGUUGAAUGUCAGAUGACCAUGCUAGUUUCCAACUGACUGCUUGCUUUGCGUGUUUCGCUUGGUGCGUGUGUCCCAAAGAUGGAUUUGGUGUUUUUGCUGAGACUGUGACAGAAGGCGCGCGCCCUUGACUUGUCUGCGGUCCUGUCUUUGGGACCCUAUGUGCUUUCUGCCUUAUCUCGCGCCCAGCUCAUAAACGAGGUUGGAGGCAGACAUUCACUGAAAAGCUGUACUGACACAUGGGACAGGACCAAGAUGACGCGUGAGUGGCUUUUCCGACGUGCCUUCCACAUGCGCGGGUUGCUGAGUGGUUCUGGAUGCAGUGGCGGUUGCUUUGUCCAUACUUUUGCCGGGGUACUUGACUCCUGGCGCUGGAUCAUGCGCUCGUACAGGGUCCAAGAAUGGGUAGGACGACGCAGCAUUAUGAUGCACGUGGUUGAAAUAAGUUGGGGCGCCAGGGAAAUCCUUGCCCUAGUUUUGAGAUGAAGAUGGGAAAUGGGCUACGAGGCGCGCCCUAAUUUAUGACAACUUUCGGUGGUUGCCCUUUCUGGAGUUGCGGCCGAUCAGCUAUCAGCAAGCCUGUGCGCGUCGUGGAUUACAGUGUGACAUGUUGAUGGUUUAAGGAUUCGGUACUGACCGGGGAAUAUGCAUGUGGUUGUUUGGCCGUGUGAAUUCGCUUGUUUGUUUCGGUGUCUUCUAUAGGUUUUGUAAUGCGCGCUAGUUCCGCAGCUAGUGGAGUGGAGGAGGAAGAAGGAAACGCACUGGUUGGCGUUUGGCGUGUUUGGGGGCGACGCAUGUGGCCUUCUGGUUGACUUUGUUACCACGUUUGCAGACGAGGGAGAGCGAGGUUUGGUGUGCCUGAUGGUUGGAGAGUUUUUUUGUUCUGCUGGUGGGGGUGUGCUGUAGGAGAGAUAUCCAGUCUUCCCCGACUCGUGAAAGGGGAGGGUGGUGAGAUGCGUGUGGGUCAGCUCGUGUACUCGAUCGUGUUGUGUUGUUGUUACGCAGCAGCGCGGGAUUCCUAAACCAACAGCGCCUCUCAGUUAUUGCACCUUCAUGGGAUCGGUUCUGAAUUGCCCACACACCUAGAAAGUACAACUGAUAGAACGCAAAUGGUAGUUAUAACAUGUCAUGGGUCUCUCUUAUGUAUCUCUCCCACGAUUUGAACUGCAUCCCGCGUGCCGCUUUGGGGGUUGGGUGCGCGUGUGUAUGCGGCUGUUCGUCGCUUCCCGUGUUCGGCUUUGUGUUGUGCUAUUGUCGGAGAGAUAUCAUGCAUCACACGUUUGCUGACACCUUUUGAAUUGGCUGGUGUGGUCGGCAUAUUUGUAUACUUGUUUCAUGUUUGCCUUCAAACCGGGCCGUCAACCAGCAUACGGCAGGAUGCAUGUUGUAACGGACCGCCCUUUCG